AUGCCGCCCGAAAUAAGUAUCAUUAUCAUCAUUGAGAUUGGCGAACCGCGAAGCAUCUGCAACUUUAGACUGGCUUGCCGAGAGUUCAACAAAUACUUCGAGGGUUGCUGGCACACAUCGCUUCGAACCAUGGCGUCGCGGCUGUUUGCUGUCAACCUGAAGGACGCGCUUGCCAUUGUUCGUUGCCCCCGGUCAACGGAUUAUAGUUCUCGCCAGGAGUUUCAGGAGAGCAUGAUAUUGUUCUUCGACAAAUAUCAAACCCAAGAACUGUGCCAGUUACGGCUGGCUAAUAAGGAUUCUAUACCCUGGAGAGAUGAUUUUCGAGAGGUUGCCGUCAAAGAGUACACCUGCUUGUGGCAGCUGGCCCAGACGGUAGGCUUCUGGAUCCACAACUGGACGAGAACGCUCGCGCAGUCUCCAGCUCACGACUUACCACUCGAUCACUUCCAUCCAACCACCGAUGGGCGUCAAUUUUGCUCCGAGAACGAAUUUCGGAGAAUUCAAAGAGGGUUCUUACGAUUUCAACUAUAUUGCAAAGCAUUCUAUCAGCACCCUACGUCGCCGUUGUUUCCCAGCGAUAGGCAGAGGAUAAAUCUCAUGUUCGGAUCUAACACCUUCCUAAGGUCGGGCCAUUGCGCUCACGGGGACCCAAGACAGCAGGAUAAAGAAGCUCUGACAAAGAAUCUGGAGUCAUCCCGAAGCCCUUGGGAAGUUGAGGAGGUUAUGUGCGCCUUCAACUUUGUCUACUUAUACCACCAGAGGAGACUAAGCCGCAUUAGAGCCUCGUAUCUGCAAGACCUCAGACGUCAUGCCCGAGACGUCGGCGAGGCAUGGCCCACUAUUUAUGCGGCGUACACAGCAACCUACAGACACAACCUGUCUCUGCAUUGGUUAAACGAUGAAACAGUUGAUUCCAAAGUCCUUGCGGCCAUGACGUCGAUGGGACUCGACUGGUUGACCCACGUACACCAUCUUGAAGAUUCAAAUUUGCUUCAGAAUCUACGUCGUCUGCUGCCCCAGAUCAAAGCUACAGAUUACCGCAGUCGCCUGUGCCACAUCAUAUGGGAUUUUCUGAAGCUGAAUACGCCUUGGCUACGAUACAAUACCAGCAUGGUUCGGCAAGUCGCAGCUGAGAAAGACGAAUUAGCAGAUGUCGAUGGAGUGUGGUUUCGAUACAACGACCGCUUGUACAAUAAUGGCUACCUAUGCUGGCUCCGUCACAUAAUGGUCCCGAAUGAAGAGGAUGCUGUGAACGAGGCACACAUGCACGAGGAGGAGUGGGGGAUUGAACUAGAGGAUGGGCAAAGCCCACAACAUAUCCCCGGCUUGGAACGGGAUCAUGUUCAACGGGUCACGAUGAUGCCCCUUGUGUCAAGAAUCAGGGCCGAGGCAUGGGUUUUCUGGGACAGCAAGACAGUGGACGAGCGGCUUAGACUUGAAUUCCCUGGCUAUCUAUCCGACACGAAAUUCGAUUUCUACGGGACUAACCAGCCUGAGGGAUUCUUCCCGCUGCCGAAUGCCCAAGAGCUGGGACUGACACGUUCUCUCUUGCUAAGGUCGAGUUUAACGGCCAUGCCUAUCACGUUGGCUGCAUACAUGGAGUUGAGAAGGAAGUAUGGGUCUCAGGCAGGAGAAUGGGCUCAGAGCCUCACGAUGCAUCAGAGCAGCUGGGACUUUUCAUAG